AUGCAUUAUGACUCGCCAGACAUGUCGGCAAGCCUGACACCAGAAAAAAGGGUUAAAAUGCAGAAGCUUGUAAACGCAUUUGCAAAACGCAAAAGUUGUAAAAUUAGGGAGUUUGCUAAAUUUCUGGGCAAUAUCGUCGCAAGCUGCCCCGCGAUCAAAUAUUCGUGGGCAUACACGAAAAACUUUGAACGGGCCAAAUAUUUGUCUCUCAGGAAAGCAGCGAAUAACUAUGAGGCCAAAAUGGAAAUUGAUGCUUCGCUGUUACCAGACUUUCAAUAG